AUGAUGCCCUGGACGUCCCUGCUCCUGCUGCUGCUGGCCGGGCUCCCUGCUGCAUGGCCCGCUCCCCCGACCUGCUACUCCAGGAUGCUGACCCUGAGCAGGGAGAUCACCAGUGAGUUCCAGGGGCUGCAGGCCGCAGAGCCAGGGGAGCCCUGUGUGAGGUACCUGCCCGGGCUGCACCUGGAUAUCCACAAUUACUGUGUGCUGGCCAAGCUGCGGGACUUCGUGGCCUCACCCCACUGUUGGAAAAUGGCCCGGGUGGAUGCCCUGAAGGACAAAGUGCGGAAGCUAUACACCAUCAUGAACUCGUUCUGCAGGAGGGACCUGGUUUUCCUCUCUGAUGACUGCAGCGCCUUGGAGCACCCAAUCCCAGUGACCACGGGCCCUCCUGAGGGCCAGAGCUAA